AUGACGACGCUCACCAGCACAAUCACGACGAUGUUCAACAGACUACCCAUCUACACGCGGCCCAAGGAGCCGGCAAUUGGCUACCCGACGCUGACCGAGAGCACAAACACGCAUCUGACGGGGCAGAUCUUGGGGCUGGAUGGAAGGCCGAUACCGCUGCCAAGCAUCGGUGGGAACCCGUAUACCAUUGGGUAUAAGAUUGCGAGCUUUAAGGGUUUGCCGGACAUUCCGAGCGUAGGAUCCAGCCUGCGCGACGACUCAUACGGUUCUUCAGAAGACUCUGAAGAAGAAAGCCUGCGCCCACCCGCCCCUCUGAAAAUCAAAAACCUCAGCACUUCCACUGCAUCUUCCUCAGAAUCAACACUCACCCACAAAAAGACGGAAAGCAUGUCAUCCUCAAACUCAUCCCCGCGCCUGCCCCCACCGCAGCAGCAGCGCAAAGGAAUCCACCGCAAGCCCGCCCCGCCUACAAACCCCAACUUCUCCAUCAGCGCCAAAUCCUCCGCCGAGACGAUCCGUGGCAAGUCCACUACUCCAGAAGGAAGCUCACGCAGAGGCUUUGGGCUUGGGAAUGUAAAGGAGAAAGUUUCUGGGCGCCGCAGGCCGGUGGAGACCCCAUCAUACUCGUCGGACCACCACAACAGCGACAUCCUGGACCCGCUAGAAGCGCCCUCCCCCAUCGCUCUUGCAAAGCCGCCAAACUUUGUCUCGAUUGAUGACUGGUUGGACACACGUGAGCGGGAAGGCCUCCAUAGAAGGAGCAACACCGUCACAACUGUCAACACUGUAGCGACUAGAUACAACGACCCCAUCCGGCUGCAUAUCCGCCAGUCCACCUUUGAGCCGCUCCCAACACCGCACGAGCUAGCACUGUCAGAGAGUAUCCCAUCGAUGCCGCAAAUUCCGAGCCAGUAUAAAUCGGCCGUCAGCAAGAUCAGCAUCCCGAGCGCGCCGCUACCAACCCAGGAGGUCAGGCGCCCAAAGACGCCGCCGCCGCAGCUAGAGGAGGAGGAGGAGAAGAAACCAAGGGGUCAUAUCGAGCAGCUGGAGUGUGAGCAGGAUAAGCUCGCGACGAGACGGUCAGAUAUCAAGCGCGAGAUUUGGGAUAUCAAGCAGCUGCUGCCGCCGAACCCAAGUACGCAUAAUAGGAGUGCGAGGGAGGAUAUGAAUAAACGAUUGGCAGAGCUUGUCCAGCAACUGGCAGAUGUGGAGAAGGAGGUGCAUGAGAAUGGCAUGAAGUUGCACAGGGCCUGGCGAAGGAGGGACAAGAAGAUGGGCAUUGAGGGACCUACGCACUUGUGGGUUAGUCGUGUCAGGGAGUAA